AUGCUCUCAGCUGGCGCCUCCCGCUGGAUCAUCCCCCUCGCCACUUUCCUCCUAGGAGCGCAGCAAGUGCAGGGUGCAAGAAAUGUGUCUUCACAGUACUCCUUGACGAACCAGGCUUCCCUGUCGCCCUUCGGCGUGGUCGCUGCAAGUAGACCAGAGCGUUGUCCUCCGUGUUUCAAUUGUCAGCUAGACGCAUUUACUUGUGGGAACUUCGGAGAGUGUUCGAAGUUCGACGGGCAGUGCAAAUGUCCACCCGGCUGGGCUGGAAUCGACUGUCUGACGCCUCAAUGUGAUUCACUCGCUGACGGAGAGCAUCGAAGGCAACGAGAGGACGGGAAGCAGUGCGAAUGUAAGGAUGGUUGGAGUGGAAUCAACUGCAACGUAUGCAAGACAGAUGACGCAUGUGCCGGCUUCCCGCUACGAGGGCAACCCACCGACCCCGAUGAUGCCGACAGGGUUGGGAACAUGACGUGUUACACGGGGGGCGAAACUGUCUUCAACAACCACCAGUUCUGUGAUGUCACGAACCGGAAGAUCUUGGAUAUGCUUCCCGACCGUCCGCCACAAGUGACUUUCAGUUGCGACAAGGACGAGGACAUGUGUCAUUUCCAGUUCUGGACAGCACAAGUGGAAUCAUUCUACUGCCAGCUCAGCGAGUGCCAGUCGCAUUCGGAACAUGCCAUCGAGAGGAACUCCACGUUUUACAACUGUGACAAGAUCGAAUGCAAGUGCGUCCCCGGACGGUUCAUCUGUGGAGAGGAUGGAAGCCUCGAUAUCACUGACUUCUUGAAGGAAUACAUCCAUGGACCUGCAGCCUUCACAUGCGCCUCUGACCAAGGAUGCAAGUUUGAGGAACCUGGAAUGAACGACCUCAUUGAAACGUUCUUUGGUGACAAGUACAUUACGCUCAAGUGUGCGGGAGGUGAAUGUCUGCACUAUUCUCAGGUACCUGGGUACUCGCCUCCUCCCAAACCUGAUAAUACUGCACUGUUUGCAUUGAGCGCUGCGGGUGCAGGACUAUUGGUCGUCCUGGUAUCUGCUGUCUUGUGGUAUGCUGGCAGGGCACACUCCAGUGAUUUCGCCGGUAUCCGCUUGCCAGAGAACGAGUCCGCCAAGCUCAUGACAGAUCAUGUUCCCGCGUCGCUGCACUUCUCCAACGUCUCCUACUUCCUCAACGGGCGAACUAUCCUUGAGGGCGUGUCUGGCAGUGCCAAGCCUGGUCAGCUUCUCGCUAUCAUGGGCGCGUCGGGUGCAGGCAAGUCAACCUUCCUCGACAUCCUUGCUCGCAAGAACAAGAAGGGGCUCGUCGGUGGCGAAAUGCUGGUGAAUGGACGCGAGAUCGCGGACUCGGACUUCAAGAAAGUCAUGGGAUUUGUCGACCAAGAAGACACCCUCAUGAGCACCUUGACAGUGUACGAAACGAUCUUGUAUUCUGCCCUCCUCAGGUUGCCUAGGGAGAUGAGCUUAGCGGCCAAGAAAUACCGCACUUUGGAGACGAUGAAUGAGCUUGGUCUAUUGGGAAUCAAGGAUUCGAGGAUCGGGGAGACUGGACGCCGCUCCAUCUCCGGGGGUGAGAAACGUCGGGUCUCAAUCGCUUGCGAGCUCGUCACCAGUCCUUCAAUCCUGUUCCUCGACGAGCCGACCAGUGGUUUGGACGCAUACAAUGCACUCAGUGUCAUAGACAGUCUCGUUUCACUUGCUCGCGACUACAACCGCACGGUCGUCUUCACAAUCCAUCAGCCUCGCAGCAACAUCGUCUCCCUCUUUGAUCAGCUCAUUGUUCUCGCUCGCGGAAAGGUCAUCUACUCCGGUGACGCCGACAAGGUCACCGACUACCUCUCCGAAAUCGGCCACCCUUGUCCACUUGGCUUCAACGUCGCGGACUUCCUCAUCGAUCUUACGAUGCAAGCGGGCAUGGAGCCGCGGUCCCUUGAUAGCCCACCUGUCACGGAUGGCCAAAUCAGCGAUGAUGAAGCAAGAGACGAAGAACGUGCCUACCCUCGUGGCGAUCACCCGUCGUCUAUCUCCCUUCGUUCCACCUACCACGAAAGCGAGGCUCUCACCCCCAGACCCGAGGAGCCGGAACAGCGCAACCGUGCCCCGAGCUCGAUCCACUCCUCUACCGCCUACAUUCGCCGGCAGACGACACGCCUUCUCGAAGCCAUCAAGCCCUCGCAACAUGUUGACGGACCCAUCCCGCCAAAGCUCCACGCACUCAUCGAUGCAUUCAGGCGCAGCGAGGUGCACGAGGCUCUCACCCACGAGAUCGACGAAGCCGCACGCAACGCUGUGCAAACUGGGAACGGCAACACCAACGGGGUCAGCGCGGAGCUCCCUGACGUCGCGGUCGAAAGCAGCAUCUCGCGAGGACGCAAGCGCGCCAGCUGGGGCACUCAAUUUAGGAUUUUGAGCGGCAGAGCGUUCAAGAACUUGUACCGCGACCCCGCGCUGCUCGCUGCCCACUACAUUUCGUCUGUCGCUGUCGCUGUGAUCUGCGGCUUCUUCUUCCAGCAUGUCACAGACGAUAUCGCAGGGUUCCAGAACCGACUUGGCGUGUUCUUCUUCACGCUCGCGCUGUUCGGAUUCUCGUGUUUGUCCAGUCUCAACCUCUUUGCAGGCGAGCGGAUCCUUUUCAUUCGGGAGCGCGCCAACGGCUACUACUCGUCGUUCACCUACUUUGCAUCCAAGAUCCUCUUCGACAUCCUCCCUCUGCGCGUCAUCCCGCCCAUCGUGUUCGGCGGGAUCAUCUACGCCUGGAUCGGACUCGUCCCCGAGAUUGCGAUAUUCUGGAAGUUCAUGCUCACGCUCGUACUGUUCAACCUGACCACUGCAAGCGUCAUCCUUCUGCUGUCGAUCGCAUUCGAGAGCACGAGCGUCGCCAGCUUGGUGGGCACUCUGGUCAUGCUCUUCAACCUCCUGUUCACGGGCCUCCUCAUCAACCGCAAGUCCGUGCCUGAGGCCUUCCAAUGGCUGCACAACAUCUCGUUCUUCCACGCCGCAUUCGAGGCACUUUCCGUGAACGAACUUCGUUACCUUCAGCUCCACGAAGAGAAGUACGGCGUGAACAUCGAUGUUCCCGCCGCCGCCAUCUUGUCAACCUUCGGUCUCCGUGCAGGGUCGUUCUGGUGGCCCAACAUUGCCUCGCUGGGUAUCUUCUUUGGCACGUUCACCGUUGCCAGCUUCCUGGUGCUGCACUUCUACGUCAAGGAGAAGCGGUAG